UCCCACUGUAGAUACAACCGGUAGCGUUUAGGGUCCCAAGUAUAGGUAAGCAACUUAUUGGUUCACCGCGGGCAGUCUGCUACUCGGACCGUGUGGGCUGACAUCAUUUUGACCCAGUGGCAUUCAAAACAACGUCCAGAGACUCGAUCCUACAGUUGAGAUCCCAUCAUGGAUUUCGACGCGAUUCUGGAGGACGUGGGCGAGUUCGGUCGCUACCAGAAGCUGGUGAUAUACUUCGUGCUGCUGCCCGCGGUGGUCCCGUGCGGGUUCCACGCGUAUGCGCAGCUGUUCAUGGCAGCUGAUGUCAAGCACUGGUGCAGGGUGCCGGAGCUGGAUGCUCUCGAGGAUCUGGAGCUGGCCAGGAAUAUAAGUAUUCCGCAAGAGUUAAGAAACGAUCAGCUGGAGUACUCUCAGUGUAGCAUGUACAAUCGGAACUAUACUGACGUUGUGAACAACUACCCUAACACGGAAGACAGCCAGGAUAAGAUGGAGCUCAUCCCUUGCGCUGAUGGAUGGGUCUACGACAUGGGCACGUAUAAGAACACCGUUGUUAUGGAGUGGGAUUUAGUAUGCAACAAAGAUUUCUACCCGACACUCGGCUUAGUGUUGCUAGGUGUUGGAGGUAUUAUAGGCAACUACAUAUUUGGCUACCUCCAGGAUACUAUGGGACGAAAGCCUUCCUUCUUCAUCUAUUUGGCCAUUGAGUGCGUCUUUGGGGUGGCUACGGCGUUCGCUCAAAACUACGUCGUGUGGAUUGUUUAUAGAUUUGGUGUCGGCUUCACUGUGCCUGCUAUCAUGGCUACGCCUUAUGUUUUGGCAAUAGAACUUGUGGGGCCAAAAUGUCGGACCUUGUGUACAAUUUUAUCAAAUAUUGCCUACUCUAUGGGCCUCAUUCUGUUAGCUGGAGUUGUCUAUUUGGUCAGAGACUGGCGACACCUGGCCUUGGCUAGCACAUUGCCUUUUGUCUGCUUCUUCCUCUACAUUUGGCCAAUGCCUGAGAGCCCGCGGUGGUUGCUGGCAAGAGGACAGUUUGAGAAAGCUGAAGUUAUUUUAAAGAAUAUGGCCAGGAUCAACGGCAAAUCCCUACCAGCCAACUACAUGGUGCAUUUGCGACGCAAAUAUGAAUCUGACAAGCUAAAACAAGACUUAGAGAAAGAGAAAUCGCGCAAAUAUGGAAUACUGGAUCUGUUCAGAACACCUAAUCUACGGAAGAAAACUAUUAUAAUUACCUUCAUUUGGUUCACAAAUACCAGUGUAUAUGUUGGGCUGUCAUACUACGCUCCGGUGUUAGGAGGGGAUGAAUUUUUGAACUUCUUUUUGGCUGGCAUAGUGGAGCUGCCCACUUAUAUGUUUCUGUGGCCAUCUAUGGAACGCUUGGGAAGGAGAUGGACCUUAUGUAUGAGUAUGGUGGUCGGUGGUGUUGCUUGUUUGACCACGUUUUUGGUUCAGCAUGAGACGAACGUGACCCUAGCCUUGUACUGUGUGGGCAAGAUGGGCAUAUCGUCAGCGUUCGUGGUGCUGCCAUUAAUGGCGUCGGAGCUGUACCCCACCGUGGUGCGCGGGCUCGGGAUGAGUCUCAGCUCAGUGCUCGGCAUGCUUGGGCCUAUCUUCAUCCCGUUAGUGAAUUAUUUGGGUUCAGACAUUAUGGUACUACCUUUAAUCAUCAUGGGAGCAUUGUUGGUAGCUGGUGGUAUCGCGAGCCUACUCCUCCCAGAAACCCUCAAUCAGCAUCUACCACAGACUCUAGAAGACGGAGAAAGAAUGGGGUUAGACACGGAGUUUUGUUGCAACCCGCCAGUUAAAGAAUCCAAACCUGAUGAAGAAGAAAAGAUACAAGUAAAUUGUAAAGACUGCAACGCCUUGUGUUCAUGUCAGAUGGUUAACGUAUCUAUAAAUGAGGACGUAGUCGCCGUUGAUAAAAAUAAUGAAAAAAUUGAAUUUGUAGUUCGUAAAUAAAUAAUUAUAAACUA